AGUCAUCAAAGCGCAAGAGUGGAACUACCAGUGAGAUCACCCCAAAAUCCGACUGAUCCAAAGCUUCUUUAUUUUCAUUUUCUUUAAGAAAGCAAAGCAACAUCUACUGUUCUCUUGUUUUGGAAUUGAGACAGGUUUUUCUCUUCGUUUGCAUUUUUCACUUGUUUCAUAUUAUCUUGUCUAUUACAGAGCACGACAACAGUUAUGGAUAUAUACAAUAACAGUAGCAUCGUGCUGUCAGAUUUCUUAGACCCCUGCAAUGGUCAAGAGCUUAUGAAAGCACUUGAACCUUUUAUGAAAACUGAUUCUUCCAUAACUUACCCUUCCUUAUCUUCUCCAAACUUCUCCUCAAACUAUGACCAAAAGCCUUCCAUCAAACUCAACCAACUCACCCCAUCUCAAACGUUCCAGAUUCAAGCCCAAAUCCAGGUUACACGGGCCCAGUUUCUUAGCCCAAAGCUUGUUCCCAUGAAGCAAGUGGGUGGUCGUGUUCUUUCCAAGCCCACAAAGCUUUACCGUGGGGUGAGGCAGAGGCACUGGGGCAAGUGGGUGGCUGAGAUCAGACUCCCCAAGAAUCGCACUCGUCUCUGGCUUGGUACGUUCGAAACCGCUGAAGAAGCUGCUUUGGCAUACGACAACGCAGCGUUUAAGCUCAGAGGAGAAAACGCCAGGCUCAACUUCCCUCAUCUACGUCACCAUGGACCAAGCGUCUAUGGUGAGCUCGGGACCUACAAGCCUCUCCCCUCUGCAGUGGACGCCAAGCUCGAAGCGAUUUGUAAAAGCUUGGCCAUGACUACACCCAAGGAAGAAACAGCAACAACAUCGGAGUUUGAGGAUGUUAAGGUGGGGAUUCAAACAACAUCCUCGCCCUUGUCGGAUGAAUAUUCUUCCUCUUCUUCUGCUGGCUCCUCUUCACCCGAAUCCGAUAUCACUUUCUUGGAUUUCUCGGAUUCUUAUGAAGCAAUGGACAAUCUUGGGUUGGACCUUGAGAAGUACCCUUCUGUGGAGAUUGAUUGGGCAGCUUUAUCGGAGUCAUCAUGAACAAAUUAAUCAGUUACCACCGUUCUCUCUGUUGAAUAUUGGAUUAGGCUUUCCGUGCUUUUGUAUUUAGGUUUGUUUGUUUUUUUCGCGUCUUGGGCAGCCACUGCAAUCAAACUUUUAACUGUUGCAGUUGCUUUACCGAGUCAGGUUGCAGACUUUAGUGCAGAUAGGUGAGUCACAGUGGUCAUGGUUUUCUUGGUCUGCUGGUGUUUUUUUAUUCCUUGCGUGACCAGGGGAGCUUCUACUUGUAUUGUGUACUUGUUUGUUCUUCCAAUGUAAUUUAAGUAGUAAUACAAGCUUUGGAAGUUAUUGUAAAGUAACGAUUUAAA